UUUGAUCAUUAGACUUAGCCUUUUUCUAAUAGAAGCUAAUUCAGCAGCAGAUCUGCAGUCGUAUAUUACUGUUCUUUGUACAGUAAAGUCUAGACUUACACAUGAAUACGUUACCAUGUGAGUUUCACCAAAAUUCAAAGCCCAAGGCAUGCUGUGAUAAGUACGACAAUGGCGUUCUCACAGAAGGUUUUUCUGCAAAAAUCUGUACAGCUCCAUCAUCUGGGCAUGGCCUCUGUCAGGUAAUUCAGCUCAAGCCAUCUUCCUUUACCUUUAAUCUGUGGGUGAAAUGUCCACAGCAGAGUUACGAUGGCCUGUCAUUGUGACAGUGAUCCUUUCCCUGUAGUCUGGGACCAAAGAAUCCAGAGCAUGGUCUCUUGUAGUGCAGUGGCCAGUAAUUGAAGGCAAUGACUUAUCUCAUGGCAUUUGCUUAUACAAGUUCACAAUGUUAAUUUUGUUUAAAAUAGAAGUACAAGUUAUGUCCCAGAAAGCACAGCAGUUACUGACAACUGAUCUGUAAGGAGAGUAGAAGGGCAUGAAAUAUUUGUCCUGAAUUCAUGUUGUGUGUGUAUGAACUAAAAAAAAAAAAGCCAAUUUUCACCAAAUGCAUGAAUUUCUCCAGUGAGAACAGGGCAGUUCUCAUAAAGAAUAUCAGGGGCUGUGGAGUUUGUGUGCAAAAUUGACUGUUUUCAAGUGAAAACUUGUUGAAACUCAUGAUUUCAACCUGACUUCAGUGCCAAAGUCACUUUACUGUAAUUUUGCAUUUUAAGUGGUGGGACAGCAGUGGGGCAGCUCCAGGGAACUGGCCACAUUCUAGCCAAGUGGGAUGUCCCACAUAUUUUGAAUCAUGCAGUUUUCUAAAUUAAAUCAAAUGUUUGGAUAUUCUCUAGAGUGACUCAAGGCCAAAUUUUGAGUGCCCUAUUCAGAGCCAGGUUGUACAGAGUGCCCUGCCUAUGUGCAGUGUCACAUCAUACCCAAGGUGCUUAACUGGAAAUCCUCUAUCCUCACUAGAGUAGCAGGCUCUCCUCUGCAUGUCUGUACUGCUCUGGGUUAGCUCAGGUGGGACAGCAUGGCUCCACAACCUCUUCAUCUGCUUUGGCAUUGCAUUGUGACCUUGGGAAGUAGGAGGGCCCUGGGUGGAAUAUCAUACUACAAUUAUAUUUGGCUCUUUAUAUGGAAUGAGUAGUUCUGUGUGCUUCUCCAUAACAGUGAGCCACUAUCUGGCUUCCCAACAUCCCAAUAGACCCCAUCAUUAAAAAAUCUCAAGGUAAAGGGAACAUGUGGCUAUAAUCACCCACUACAGCAGUGAUGUCUACAACAGAAAAUGCCUUAGCCUGUAAAUUUGCAGCUGAUCACACAUGGUGUUGAACGGCUUCUUAUUCAGUAGAUGGGGAACUGGCACUUCCCAGGCUUGAUCUCUGUGUGUAGUGAAGUACUAAUGUCAUAUUUAAAUGUCAUAUUAUGUGGAAGCUCCUCAGCUUCCUUUGACUCCUGUCACUUAGCGUCUUGCAAGACUAGAAUCUCAGGGCUUGUAGGGGGCUUUUUUUGUUUUAGCUGGAGAGCAGUCCCCUAUCCCUAUAAACACAACUUAAACUGCAUUCAAGAAAAGGACUAUGAACAUUCCUUCUUUUGCUCCUGUCUAGGAGUGAACUCCUGGCCCCAGUGAAGUCAGUGAUAAAGCUCCUCUUGACUACAGUGAGGCCAGGACUUCUCCCUAGGAGUUUAAGUUGUAUUUCAUGGAAUACAAUAAGAGAACAUUGAGCUGUGGACUCCUAGGAACCGAUGUGGUGCCUGGCUUUCUCUGAAAACUUCCACUCUUUGUCUCAAAAAGAUUUUCAGGAUGAGAAAGAGGCUGAACACUGAUGACACCAUUCACCCUUUUCUUUUAGGGUGACAUCAAUUUACCCAGUAAAAAUGUGCAUUUUGUUCUCCAGAGAUAUAUAGAAGAAAUUUGAUUAUUUAAGUGGCUACCAAUAUAAAUGACAGGCAAGUAAACUUGAUUUGCUGUGCACUUCCUUCUCCCAGCAGGCAAAAAUAACAUUACCUUUGCCAAAAUAGCAGCUGAUCAGGUGUACUGAAGUUAAUUAUAAUUAAAAUGUAAUCAUCACUGACAGGACAUAACAAUCAUUUGCAUUGUUCCAUGCAGAUAAAUGAUGCAUUUCAUUUUGUGCAGCAAGUUUUAGAUAUAAUCACCUGACUUUGGAUGGGGGUGGGGGGCUCCAAUAGUUAAGACUGGAUACAGACUGGGGAAUUUCAGGGGCAAAAUGUUCAUUUACUACAAAGAAUGUUUUGGUAAUGAAGCCAAAGCCUUGCUGUCACCCUGGCAGUUUCACGGCUUUUCUCUGAUUUGGUUAUGUGUACAUUUGAAUCAAAUUUCAGUUUCAGCUAAGUUUUUUAGGGCUUGAUCCAGCUUCUUUAGCAAAACUACCACUAACUGGAUCAGAACCUUAAUUUUAACUCAUGAAUACACUGUAAUGUUUUAGUCAAGUACAGUACUUCGAGACCAGGCUCUGCAAACCUUUACCAGGACUUCAGUGAGAAUCUCAGAUGAAUAAAGCCUCCACAUAUCACUAAAGCUUUUCAGAGGAAACCCUGAGUUCCUCAUUCAUACACAAUGAUCCAGAGGUUUUAAGUGCCUUUUUUCCCUCUUUUUUUUUAGAUUUUCAUAAAUAAUGAGUGGCAAAAUUCUGAAAGUGGGAGAAUAUUCCCUGUGUAUAACCCAGCCACAGGAGAGCAGAUCUGUGAGAUCCAGGAAGCUGACAAGGUUGAUACAGACAAAGCGGUGAGGGCAGCACGCCUUGCUUUCUCUCUAGGCUCAGUGUGGAGGAGAAUGGAUGCAUCUGAAAGAGGCCAUCUCUUGGAUAAGCUGGCAGAUUUGGUUGAAAGAGACAGGGCAAUUCUUGCUACCAUGGAAUCGUUGAACAGUGGCAAACCCUUUCUUCAGGCUUUCUACGUAGAUCUUCAAGGAGUCAUAAAAACCUUGCGGUAUUAUGCAGGUUGGGCAGAUAAGAUUCAUGGAAUGACCAUUCCUGUAGAUGGAGAUUAUUUUACGUUUACAAGACAUGAACCCAUCGGAGUGUGUGGACAGAUCAUCCCUUGGAACUUCCCCCUGCUGAUGUUUGCGUGGAAGAUUGCUCCAGCUCUGUGUUGUGGCAAUACAGUAGUUAUUAAACCAGCAGAGCAAACACCACUCAGUGCUCUCUAUAUGGGAGCCCUCAUCAAGGAGGCUGGCUUUCCACCAGGAGUAGUCAAUAUUUUGCCAGGAUUUGGUCCAAUUGUUGGUGCAGCAAUAGCUUCUCAUGUUGGCAUAGAUAAAAUUGCUUUUACUGGAUCUACUGAGGUUGGGAAGCUGAUCCAAGAAGCAGCUGGACGGAGUAAUUUGAAGAGAGUUACUCUGGAGUUGGGGGGGAAGAGCCCAAACAUUAUUUUUGCAGAUGCUGAUUUGGACUAUGCUGUGGAACAAGCUCACCAGGGGGUUUUCUUCAAUCAAGGCCAGUGCUGCACUGCUGGAUCACGGAUUUAUGUGGAAGAAUCGAUCUAUGAAGAGUUUGUCAGAAGAAGCGUUGAGCGUGCCAAGAGGAGAGUAGUAGGGAGUCCUUUUGACCCAACUACAGAACAAGGUCCACAGAUUGAUAAGAAACAGUACAACAAGAUCCUGGAACUUAUCCAAAGUGGAAUUACUGAAGGUGCAAAACUCGAAUGUGGGGGUAAAGGAUUAGGACGAAAGGGCUUCUUCAUUGAACCUACAGUGUUUUCCAAUGUAACAGAUGACAUGCGGAUUGCCAAGGAAGAGAUCUUUGGGCCUGUUCAAGAAAUACUGAGGUUUAAAACUAUGGAUGAAGUCAUAGAAAGAGCCAACAACUCAGAUUUUGGAUUGGUAGCUGCUGUCUUUACAAAUGACAUAAACAAGGCUCUGACAGUCUCAUCAGCAAUGCAAGCUGGGACAGUCUGGAUAAAUUGUUACAAUGCCUUAAAUGCCCAGAGUCCUUUUGGAGGGUUUAAAAUGUCUGGCAAUGGGAGAGAAAUGUAAGUAUCAGGGGUGAAUGUGGACUGAGAGAAUAUUCUGAAAUUAAAACUGUGACGAUAAAGAUUCCUCAAAAGAAUUCCUAAGAAGACAAACACCGUGUUGUGCAGGACAGCACAUGAUGCCACCCUUUGUAUUCCUUUGGGGACCAGCACUCAGGAAUAAAAGCAUUACACAGUAUAUAUUUAAGAAAUUAAGAUACAACAUAUAUAACAGGCACAUAAUUGCAUAAAUAAUGCAAAGUAACUUUGUGUGGUUUCAUAGCACUCCACUGAGAACGUUUUUCCCUAAAUCAUAUGCCAAGAGCUAAAAUUGUGAUUGAAGACUACAUAAGAAGUGUUCCAGUUAUAAAACUGUUACACACCCAAAUACACGCACACUUUUUUCUCUAUAAAAAAGGCAAGUUGUUUUAAAAUCGCCUUCUCAAAUAGGGCAGCCUUGGCUGAGAUUCUUAUUCUAUAUGGGACUUUGGGCCCACAGUUCUAACAGUGAGCAAUUUACCAAGUCUUAUGGCUGUUCGUUAAAAGCCAAAAAUGAAAUAUUUUGAAUUGGAGCCAGCCAAUAUUGGUACGCUGGCAACUUUCCAACUAGCAUGAUAUUGUGAAGGGGUCAGGCUGGGGGGAGCUACAUUUUUAUAUAGUUUAUGGCAAUCUGAAAGGAUACUUAUCAGUGAGAUUUGGUUUCUGUUGAACACACAAGCCUUCUGAUUUUUCACAGCUUAUCCUAAUAAAUGUUUUACAUCUUUUCUAUAUAAAAUCAUCCCUCACUUAGAAUGUUCAAAUUUUUUUUUUACCUGCCUGCCAAAAGAGC